AUGAAUGUUCUAUCCUGGAAUAUUCAUGACUUAGGGAUUUCUAGUAAAGCGGAUUGGAUUCGUGGCAUUCAUCUAAAACACGAGGUGAGUUUUAUGUUGAUUCAGGAGACGCAGUUUGUGUCUUUGGAUUCAGUGGAAUUAGGUCGGUUUUGGGGUAACACUGACUAUAUGUUUGAUUGGGUUCCUUCGGGAGGUAGAUCGGGUGGUUUAUUAUCCAUAUGGGAUCCGAACGUUUUCAGUAUGGAGGUAGUGGUGAAGUCAUCAAAUUAUUUACUUAUUUCAGGCAAGGUAAAAGGGAGUGGUGUAGCGACUCAUGUGCUUAAUGUUUAUGCUCCUCAACAUUUUGUGGAUAAAAGGGUUUUGUGGUCGGAGAUUGGGGGUCUAGUUGGUGAGGGGGAGGGGAUGUGGAUAGUGGCGGGGGAUUUUAAUUCUAUUAGGUGUGAAAGUGAUACGCACAAUUCUGUUUAUGUUCCGGCUGAUGCUAACGAAUUUAAUGGGUUCAUUGACGAUACGAAUCUGCAUGAAUAUUCGUUGAAAGGGAGGCGGUUUACUUUUCCAAGCGCUGAAUAUUUAGCGAUUGAGAGGUACAUGUCAGAUCAUAGUCCUUUGAUUCUAAAGACGGUGUCUAGGAAUUUUGGACCUAAACCUUUUAGGUUUUAUAAUUCUUGGCUUAGUCGUGAAGAUUUUAGGGAAAACGUGAAAAAGGCUCUCGAAACAGGUGUCUUUGUGGGUGAUCCAGAUACAAAGCUUUCAAUGAAGUUCAAGUGGCUUCGCUUCAAUAUUUCUACGUGGGCGGCCGAAUGUAAGAUUAAGGAAUUAGAGGAAAAAAGAAUGUUGGAAUAG